CAACUGCUGAAAUUGAGUAAACCAUUAGCCAAUCAACUCAAACAAGAACAUCAAAAGUAUUGAUCACAGAUGCAUGCACAUAUUAUAUACAUAUAGAGAGAGAAACUGGGAAAUCUAGAGAGAGAACACAAUACAGCUUGGUUUUGAACCUUCAAAGUAGUAAUUAAUCAAUGGGUUCUAUUCCAGAACCAGACCAACAAUCAAACAGAAACAUAAGAGACACAAAGCCUCCAGGAAUCACAUUUGUAGAAAGCACUACAAAAUCAAACAUUUCAUUCAAAUCCCAUCAAGCAAUUGUUCUCAUAGUUACAUUUCUAGCUUACACAAGCUACCAUGCUUCGCGUAAAACCACAAGCAUUAUCAAAAGCGCGUUAGAUCCUCAAACGCCAGACGAGACUGAGCAAUCCCCCUCGUUUUUAUCCAACGCGCUUUCGUGGGUUUUGGGGAAUGGAUGGGCCCCGUUUAACGGAUCAAACGGGACAGUAUUGCUUGGAGAUAUUGACUUGGCUUUCUUGAUUGUGUAUGCUUUGGGCAUGUUCUUUUCGGGACAUAUUGGUGAUCGAAUGAAUUUAAGAAUCUUUUUAACAAUUGGAAUGGUGGGAACUGGUUUGUUUACUUCAUUGUUUGGUGUGGGAUAUUGGGCAAACAUUCAUGUGUUCUACUACUAUUUGAUUGUUCAAAUGAUAGCAGGGUUGUUUCAAUCGACCGGAUGGCCUUCGGUUGUUGCGGUUGUGGGGAACUGGUUUGGGAAGAGUAAGAGAGGGCUCAUCAUGGGUGUUUGGAACGCCCACACGUCGAUUGGGAACAUUUCUGGCUCGUUGAUCGCUGCGUAUUUCUUGAAAUACGGGUGGGGAUGGUCCAUGGUGGUACCGGGUUUGAUGAUUGCGGUUGUUGGAGUUGUUGUUUUCUUGUUUUUGCCGGUUGAUCCGGAGUCAGUGGGGGUGGAGAGAGAGAAUGAUGAAUCUGGACCGCCUAAAAAGGGAGUAACCGAGCCUUUGUUGAGCUCGGACAUGGUCCACACGGACACGGAGAAAGGUUCGGCUGUCGGGUUUUUCGAAGCUUGGAAAAUACCCGGGGUUGCUCCUUUCGCGUUUUGCCUCUUUUUCGCCAAGUUGGUUGCUUACACGUUCCUUUAUUGGCUUCCGUUUUACAUUAGUCAUACAGCUAUAAAUGGCGAGUACUUGUCGAGCACUGCAGCCGGGAACUUAUCUACAUUAUUUGAUGUAGGGGGCGUGGUGGGGGGAAUCCUAGCUGGUCACAUAUCUGAUCGGCUAGAUGCUCGUGCCAUUACAGCCGCGAGCUUCACAUACUGUGCGAUUCCAGCACUAUACCUAUACCGGAGUUACGGACACCUAUCCAUGUCAAUAAACAUCACUCUCAUGCUAAUCAUUGGGAUGUUUGUCAACGGGCCAUAUGCUCUCAUAACAACCGCGGUAUCAGCUGAUCUAGGGACCCACAAGUCAUUAAAAGGAAACUCUAAAGCACUCGCGACAGUGACCGCAAUCAUUGAUGGGACAGGAUCAAUCGGUGCUGCUAUUGGACCGGUACUAACAGGUUACAUUUCAACUCAAAGUUGGAGUGCGGUUUUCACCAUGCUUAUGUUGUCGGCCUUUGUGGCGGGGUUGUUUUUGACUAAACUUGUGGUGGCGGAGGUGACGGCAAAAUGUAACGAUUUACAACGGGGGUCGAGUGAUGGCGCUACUCCGUCCGGUGUGGUUGAAGAAGUGUGAUUAUCUAGUGGUUUUUGGUAAAUUGGUGAUUGUGUGUAAAUGAAGAUUUUGUGACAAUGUGUGAUGUGUGGAUAAAAUUAUUUCAAUUUAUGGUCUUUGCUUCUAAGGAGAAGGAAAGAUUAAAGGGCCUUGUAUAGCAUAAUUGUUUUCUCCUAGGUUUUAAGUAGUGGGAGGAGAUGAUGUGUAUUAAUGUUUACUAUUAAUGUUUGUACAUGUAAUAAUAAAAUUCAUGAUUCAAAUUACUAAAUUUCUUUUUACAACC